UAAUAAAUAUAUUUAAUAGAAAUGGACCAGAGAGAUAUUAGUAACAUGGAAUGUAUGGAGUUAAUGGAGUCUGCUAAAGACAUUUUGGAUAAAGAAGACUGCAAUGAGUUUGGAGAACUUCGGGAUUAUAAUUGGAAUGAGUUUGAGAAUACUGGGAACACUAAAAUUGAAGUAAAAAUGCGUAAAAGAAGACCUAGCAGUGCUAAAAGGCACUUCAAGGGAAAAGACAAGCCAAAACUCACCACUAUAAGAAAAUUUCAGUCGACUCAUAAUAUCAGAUAUGACAAAUGUCCCAAGAAGAAGGCUCCGCUUGAAGAUAUAAAGUCUGAAUCUUGGGCAUCCAGUGCGACUGGGCUAGAAUUAGAAUCAAUUAAGAAAUUUAGUCAAUCUCCGAAGAAACGUUAUGAGCAUUCCAAUUUAGUAACACUUCGGAGAGACCGACACCAGAGAAGCAAGGAUAGUGAGACUAUCGGACACACUUUCGAUAAUGGACAAAUUCUUGAAAUAAAAUAAACCACAACCAACAAUCGAGGGAAAGGACCUAGAACAGCUUAAAAUAGAGAUGAUAAGGGAAAUGAACAUGAACCCGAUGACUAAAUGUCUUAGUGUCGCACAAAAGUUAGCAAUCAUCCAAGAAAAGCUACAUCAGGAAAGUUCUCACAAAGACCCAAAUGCCAUCCCACAAGUUGUUAAAAAGGAAAAGAAUUCGAAGCUAAAGGAGAUGAGGAAGGACUUGAAAAGACUUUCAACGAUCCUCCGUAUAAAGCAGAGAUCUUUUAAUAAAGUAAAAGAAGAUAUCCUGGCGAGUCCGAAGACGAAGGAAUCGACUAAUCUGUCGAACAAGGAUGACCAGUCAAAUGUAUGGAAGAGCUCAGAGAAGGAUAAGAGUCAAUCUGAUAGUGAGGUUGAUAGCUCAGAAGAGUUUUUUGGGAUAAAUGAAAAAAAUAAGGUUAAGAAUGGAAAGAAAUCAAAAUUUAGUUUGGUAAAGAAAAAGAACUUAGUAAAGCAGAAAGCGACAUGCAAAGUGCAGAGCUUCAAGAAUAAAGAUAUCAGAACCCCGUUUAUCUCUCUUCAGUCAAUCCAGUUUAAGAAAAAGAAAGAAAAAGCUCAGAUGAAUGCUGACCUCCAGGACUGUCUAAAUAAGGACUCUUCAAGCAGAAGUAUUCCGAAGAGAAAAAUUUUUGGAAAAGAUAAUGCAGAUUUAGAUGUCAUAUCUAUAAGAAAGCCAUUAUCUCCGACAUUAAAGCACCAAGGAUUCUACACCCAUCGGGAAGCAGAAUUCUUACUCAUGAACACCACUGAGCUGUACCACGCGUUAAAAUAAAUCCUUAAACAAGAAAUACUUUGAACUCAACUGAAGCAGUGUCACGGACUCACAAGAAAGCCUUCAGUUGGUCAAGAAGGCCAUGAAACUGUUGGAAGAGUACUCUAAGACUAGAGGGAAAAUUAAGAAACAACUAGCCUAUCGUUAUGAAGAUAAAAAUAGUGCGUCACAUACAUCAAGAGUUGAUGACAAACUGGCAGAGAAACUUGUUGAUAUAGUCAACCAAAUUGAAGGCUUAUUGCAACCUUCUGGAUAUGAGUUUCGAGUUAUACUUGGCAUUACUAAGCAGAUUAAGGCCCGAAACCAGGCUAAACAGCUUAAAUCAGUAAGACCUUCUCAGAAGAUAUCGCAUUUGAAGAACGUUAGCUUCCAUCAAACGAGCUCUUUCAAGACUGAGUAUAACAAAAUAAAAUGACAUAAGAAACGGAAGAUCCUCAGUAAUGAAAGAGAGCCUAACAAAUCUCCAUUGAUUCAGUUAAACUUUAUUACCAGAGAAAGUCAGAUGAAGUCUCCAUUUAGCCCUGUAACUGAAGAAAGAAACAUUCCUUUUAUCCAGACUCAUAAAUGCUCAAGUUUCUCUCCAAAGAAAGGGCGGAAAAGGUCUCCACGUAAAGGAGGAAAACAAAGUAGAAAGGAUGUUUUGUGUCGAGAUAAGUCUUCCUCUCUCAUGAAGACCAGUUAUAUUUAAGAAAAUUGAUCAUACAAUUAUUGGAAAGCUCCAGAAUGCAAAGGAAAGUCUGAACCAGACUUUCGAUACAGAGAGCAUCAAGAUGAGAGUCAAUAGAAGACGAAUCAUCAGUACUAUUAGGAAUAAAAUGAAGAGUAAGAAUGGCAGCCCUUCUAAAAUCCCUGCUCUAAGCUUUAAGAGAGAUGGCAAAAUUUGUGUAAUACCACAAUUGAAGAAGACUUCAAGGAAGAAAGGUCAGUCUUCUCGGAAUGUGAUAAAUGAACGAUGCUUGAGCGAAGGCCCAAGGACACCUCUGCUAUUUUCAAAUGGAAGAAAGCUGAAGAAGCUUAAUGAUUCUACAAUGUUUUAAGCUGAUCAGUUCACACCUUGAUAAGGACCCAACUUCAGAUUUAGAGUCAGAUGUGGAUUCUAUUAAGAAGAAAUAUUUACUGCGUUUUUAAAAUGAACCUAAUUCCCA